AAGAGAAACAAAUAUUAAAAAAAAACAUUGAAUAUAUUAUUACCCACCAUUGAUAUGGUUCCCAUAUAUAGAAGAAAUCAUUUUGACUAGCCUGAAACACUAAAACCCGAUUUUACGUCUCUCUCUCAGCAUUUCAUUGAGAUCGUGAGAAGAUGAAACUCGACGAAGAAUUCUUACACGACAGAGACCAUUCGUUUCUGACAGAUGACGAGGAAAAUCAAGCAGAUCUUGCUUGUUCUGACGAUGAACACGAUGGAGAUGGUCGGAGAUGCGGAGCAAAUUCUGAUACCUCCUCUCCGUUGUCUCGUAAUCGUUCAGAUAACAAUCUCACUGAUGUCCCUCCUCCAUGGCCACAGAGCUACCGACGAUCAAUGGAUUUAAUGACGGGAAUGACUCCACCUUCGGUGAGUUUCAUGCCUCGAAGCCUGUCCCGGAGAUCAGGCUCUUCCUUCCACAAGAAGCAACCGUCUUCCUUUUUCGAUUCGUUUUCUUCUUCCUCAAGCAAGCCUCUUCUCUCUCAACCAGACCCUGACAAGGAAGAUACCAUAUUACCUCCCCAUUUUCCAUCCCAGCUCAAGCUCUCCGUCACCGAUCUUCCCUUGCCACAAUCUAAUCUCUGCUCCGUUUCUCAAUCCAUUCUCAACGGAACCAAUGUGCUGUGUGGGCUAGGAUUAAUAACAAUGCCUUAUGCAAUAAAAGAAAGUGGAUGGCUAGGUUUGAUCAUACUCUCCUUCUUUGGAGUCAUCACUUGCUACACAGGCAUUCUCUUGAAGAGAUGUCUUGAAAGUUCUCCUGGUCUUCAAACUUACCCUGAUAUCGGCCAAGCCGCCUUUGGCAUUACCGGUCGCUGCAUCAUUUCCAUCCUUCUGUACAUAGAGUUGUAUGCAGCUUGUGUGGAAUACAUAAUCAUGAUGAGUGAUAACUUAUCAGGACUAUUCCCAAACGUUUCAUUGAGCAUUACCCCAGGGCUGUCUCUAGAUUCUGCUCAAACCUUUGCAGUUUUAACCACUAUUCUUGUUCUUCCAACUGUCUGGCUUAAAGACCUUAGCUUGCUUUCUUACCUUUCAGUUGGAGGAGUCUUGGCAUCAGUCUUGCUAGGUCUCUGCCUCUUUUGGGUCGGUGCAGUCGAUGGAAUCGGGUUUCAUGCAACAGGAAAACUUAUGGACUUCGGUAACUUACCUGUUGCUAUAGGGAUUUUCGGGUUUGGGUACUCGGGUCAUUCGGUUUUUCCAAACAUAUAUUCUUCUAUGAAAGAUCCUUCCAAGUUUCCUCUUGUUUUAGUUAUUUGUUUUGGUUUCUGUACGGUCUUAUACAUAGCGAUAGCAGUCUGCGGUUACACCAUGUUUGGUGAAGCGCUCCAAUCACAAUUCACAUUAAACAUGCCUAAACACUUCCUUCCAUCUAAAAUAGCGGUUUGGACUGCGAUUGUUACACCGAUGACAAAAUACGCGUUAACCAUCACUCCAAUCGUUCUGAGUCUCGAAGAACUUAUUCCAAUGGCUAAGAUGAGGUCACAUGGUGUAUCGAUAUUGUUCAGAACAAUCCUAGUCAUCUCUACUCUGGUCGUUGCUCUUUCAGUUCCUUUCUUUGGGAUCGUGGCUGCACUCAUCGGAUCAUUCCUUGCAAUGCUUGUGGCUCUUAUCUUUCCAUGUCUAUGUUAUCUUAGUAUCCUCAAGGGUAAAUUAACCAACACUCAAAUUGGAUUAUGCAUGUUCAUUAUAAUCUUCGGGUUGGUGAGUGGUUGUUGUGGUACUUACUCGGCUAUCUCAAGAUUAGCAGACCAGAUGACAUGACUGGCUGAAAAUUUUAUGGAGAUUUAAAUUAGGUGUUUGUUGUAUACUAUACUACUAUGUUUAUAAAUAUCUAUUCGGUUCAGACUUUUUUUUUGGCUUUAGAAAACAAACCUAAAUGAAACCCCGAAUAUAGUCCAGUCUGGAUUUUUGCCAUGUAAGAAUUUAAAUCUUUCAAAUGUGUUCUGGUUUGAGUUUUUUUUU